UAGAAAAAAGAGACAUAUAUUAUAUAUUGAUUCAGAAGGUAGUGAGUUAAGGCAGCAUAGUCUACAAUGCUUACUUCAAAGUUACUUAUGAUUUCGGUGAUUUGUGGUGCGAUGGCAGCCUGGUCAGCUUACCAAACAACAUCCACAUCAUUCGGAAGUUGGAAAUCGAUAUGGUUUGGAUUCCUUGCUGUUGUUGCGUUCUGCAUCUCUGUCCUGUUCUUGUGGAUUCUGACCCUCCGCCCAUCUCCUAAGCAGGGAGUCAUAUCGGUUCUGAAUCAUCUGUACUUCGCAGGCACGUCUUACAUAAGGGGAAAGUAUUACCUUCGUCAACUAAAGACAGCUUGGAAGAACCCUCGAUAUGCUCAGGAUCAGUUUCUCAUGAGAGUUCUCAAGGAAAAUGGGGAUACAGACUACGGAAGGAAGUUCAAGCUCAAGAACAUCGUAAGCGCAGAGGAGUUCCGAAAACGUCAUUCGUUGACGACCUAUGAAGAUUACAAACCUUAUGUCGAACGGGUAAUGGCUGGAGAGCAAGGUGUGAUGACCCAGGUGAUGCCGAAUGCAUUUGUACAGACCUCAGGUACGACAGGUCCCUCAAAGUAUUUCCCGCAUAGAGAUCACAGGUAUCUUUUAACAAGCAUUAUGGAUGUUCUUUAUACCCAUCUGCACGAACUCUGUCCACGUCUGGGGAUGCUUCAGAAAAAGUUAUUUCACUACGUCCAGCCAGUAAUGUCUAGAGCUAAGAACGGAGGGAGUAUCAGGUCUGCCAUGUCUUUAUAUGAAGAUGGCUUCAUGGCAUCCUGUUAUACCACACCACCUUCGGGUUUUCGCAUUCAAUCCUUCAACGAAGCAAAUUACAUCCACCUUCUUUUUGCUCUCCUCGAUCCAAACACUGGUGUAUUCUGUGGCACGUUUAUAGGCGGCAUUGAUACUUUGAUGAAGAAACUUGAGCAAUGUUGGGAGGACAUUGUGGAUGAUAUCGAGCAUGGAACAAUCACUGAGAAGGUUAAGUUCGACGAUGCUGACAUCAGAUCAUCACUUGAACAGGCUCUUGGCGGAGGUCACCCGGAGAGGGCGGGCGAGCUGAGAAGGCAGUUCGAGAAAGGUUUUAACGGUAUCAUGAAGAGGGUGUGGCCAAACCUUGAGGUGCUAGCCGCCGUAGAUAAUACUGGAAUUUGGCCUGAUCUCAAGGCAAAAUAUGCAGAAGGUAUACCUUUCGUGAGCAUUGGAUACGGGAAUUCAGAGGGGAUGAUUCUCGCUAUUUCUCCAUGGUUCCAUGAAGAUAAUCAUAGCAUGGUGUUUUGCACCAACAUGGCCUUCUUUGAGUUCAUCAGACUUGAAGACUCGAAAGAGAGUCAGCCGAAAACGCUCUUGAUUGACGAACUCGAGAUCGGGCAGGAGUACGAGAUCGUCUUUACCCAGGACAGUGGACUCUAUCGAUACAGAGUAGGAGAUGUCAUUCGGAUAACUGGCUAUCACUACAAUUGUCCUACAUUCGAAUUCAUGUAUCGGAUGGGCUUGAUUUUGAACUUGCGGUAUGAGAAGAUGAACCAGGUCGUUCUCAAAGCGGGACUACAGUCGGCCGUGGGGCAGUGGAAUGAUGUUGGGCUAGUCGAGUAUGCAGUGGCUGAGAGCACACUUAUUCCGAAGUCGUCCCCAGCAUUCGAAGAGACUGAAGACAUGCCGUAUUACGUGAUCUUCUUGGAGCUGCACCAGGCAGGAAACACGGGCGAAAAUAAAGAGACGAAGGAGCCGGUAGAGCUUGCAUCCAAUGAGAUCAUGAGUUCGAUCGACGCAGAGCUUCGUGGUCGUAACAGCGACUACGAGAGACUACGGAGAGAGGGCGCCAUUUCACAACCUCGUGUUCACAUCCUGAAACCCGGCACGUUUGAAGAUUUGAAACAGCAUGUGGUGAAUACGACCAACACUACGGCAAACCAGUAUAAAGUACCUCAGAGGCUCCGCACAGUAGAUACCCUUAACUUCAUGUUUGAUCAUGCGGUGUAG